ACUACCUUCAUGCUGCGUAUGUGGACAACAAAGUAGAACUGGCCACUGGGCAUAAUGUGUUUGUUUUAAUUAAACCGAUUAAUAAAAGUUUUGACCCUGACUACAGUUGACGGAAGGAGCAUACAGCAUGGGGAAAAAGGACAAGGGGGAUCGAGAGCGGUAUAAGUCCAAGAAGAGGUACUACGAGGAAGACAACGAUGAUGAGGAGGCUGGAGGUAGCGAGUCGCAGGAGGCUAUCCCUGCCGCUGCGGGGAAGCAGGUGGAUGAGGCGGCCGCCAAAGUAGACGAGUACGGUGCCAAAGACUACCGCCUCCAGAUGCAGCUGAAAAACGACUUUGGAUCACGUCCUCUCUGGGUGGCUCCGGAUGGCCACAUAUUCCUCGAGGCCUUCUCCCCGGUCUACAAGUAUGCCCAGGACUUCCUGGUGGCGAUAGCUGAGCCUGUGUGUCGGCCGAUACAUCUGCACGAGUACAAGCUGACGGCCUACUCGCUGUACGCCGCCGUGAGCGUGGGUCUGCAGACCUCGGACAUCAUCGAGUACCUGGAGAAACUCAGCAAGACCUCCGUGCCCGAGGGCAUAGCGCAGUUCAUCAAGCUUUGCACGGUGAGCUAUGGCAAAGUGAAGCUGGUCCUGAAACACAACAGGUACUUUGUGGAGAGUGCCUAUCCUGAGGUCAUUCAGAGGCUGCUGCAGGAUGCGGUGGUGAGGGACUGCCGCCUGCGUACGGCCGAAGGGGAGGAGACCGAACUCAUCACAGAAGUCAUCUCCAGCAAAUCUGCUAUCUCCAAGACGGUGACAGACAACGGGGCUUCGUCGUCGUCGUCGGGCCAGCCUGGCGAGGGUGGUGACGCGGCGGGCAGCAAGGUGCCAGAGGACAUCUUCAGCUACUACGAGCAGAUGGACAAGGAUGAGGAGGAGGAGGAGGAGACGCAGACCGUCUCCUUCGAGAUACGACAGGAGAUGAUUGAGGAGCUUCAGAAGCGCUGUAUCAAUCUGGAGUACCCUCUCCUGGCGGAGUACGACUUCCGCAACGACACGGUGAACCCCGACAUCAACAUGGACCUGAAGCCCACGGCCGUCCUGCGGCCCUACCAGGAGAAGAGCCUCCGCAAGAUGUUCGGAAACGGACGCGCACGCUCCGGCGUUAUCGUGCUGCCCUGCGGUGCGGGUAAGUCCCUGGUGGGCGUGACUGCAGCCUGCACGGUCCGCAAGCGUUGUCUGGUGCUGGGAAACUCCUCCGUGUCUGUGGAGCAGUGGAAGGCCCAGUUCAAGAUGUGGUCGACCAUCGACGACUCGCAGAUCUGCCGCUUCACGUCGGACGCCAAGGACAAGCCCAUCGGCUGCUCGGUGGCCAUCAGCACCUACUCCAUGCUGGGCCACACCACCAAGCGCUCCUGGGAGGCCGAGAGGGUCAUGGAGUGGAUGAAGAGCCAGGAGUGGGGGCUCAUUAUUCUGGACGAGGUGCACACCAUCCCUGCCAAGAUGUUCCGUCGCGUGCUGACCAUCGUGCAGGCGCACUGCAAGCUGGGACUGACGGCCACUCUGGUGCGAGAAGACGACAAGAUCGUAGACCUGAACUUCCUCAUUGGGCCGAAACUCUUCGAGGCCAACUGGAUGGAGCUGCAAAACAACGGCUACAUCGCCAAAGUGCAGUGUGCUGAGGUGUGGUGCCCCAUGUCUCCUGAGUUCUACCGGGAGUAUGUGGCCAUUAAGACCAAGAAGCGCAUCCUGCUGUACACCAUGAACCCCAACAAGUUCCGCGCCUGCCAGUUCCUCAUCCGCUUCCACGAGCGCCGCAACGACAAGAUCAUCGUGUUCGCAGACAAUGUCUUCGCAUUGAAGGAAUACGCCAUUCGCCUCAACAAACCCUUCAUCUACGGUCCAACUUCGCAAGGAGAGCGUAUGCAGAUCCUGCAGAACUUCAAACACAACCCUAAGAUUAACACCAUCUUCAUCUCCAAGGUGGGUGACACCUCGUUCGAUCUUCCUGAGGCAAACGUCCUCAUUCAGAUCUCCUCCCACGGAGGCUCCAGGCGACAGGAAGCCCAGAGGCUGGGCAGAGUCCUCCGAGCCAAGAAAGGCAUGGUGGCGGAGGAGUACAACGCCUACUUCUACUCGCUGGUGUCCCAGGACACCCAGGAGAUGGCCUACUCCAGCAAGAGACAGCGCUUCCUGGUGGACCAGGGAUACAGCUUCAAGGUGAUUACCAAGAUGGCGGGCAUGGAGGAGGAGGACCUGAUGUUCGGCACGCGGGAGGAGCAGCAGCAGCUCCUGCAGAAGGUCCUGGCCGCCUCCGACCUGGACGCAGAGGAGGAGGUGGUCAUGGGGGAGAUGGGCAGCGGCAGACCUCAGUUCCAGAGGCGGCCGGGUACAAUGAGUUCCAUGUCGGGGGCGGAUGAUGCCAUCUACAUGGAGUACCAGUUCGGCCGCAGCAAAGGGGCAUCCGCAAAGGGGCAACACUCACAUCCUCUCUUCAAGCGCUUCCGCAAGUGAACCUCUCUACUGGCAGCUCUGUAACGUGACAAUAACCCCUCUCCACCAUCUUUACAAUCUCCCAGAGGGAUUGUGACAAGUGGUCCCACUCCGUUGUCCCUUUUUCGACACCGUCACUCUCCUAUGACAACCAAGUGUAGCAGGUGCUGAGCCCUGUUUGUCCCCGAGUUGCAGUCGCACCUAAGAGACUUGUGGCUGCAGGUGGAACCAGAACCGGAGUUACAUGUUGCUUGUAAAGGUGCUGCUGUAACACCACCAGAGUGUGAAAGGUUACAGGUGAGACAGCAGAGACUUGCGGAAACGGAAAAUGAAUAUAGACGGGCCGGAUAUAGACUUGAACUUGAAACAGAAUGGCACGAAAUGCAUUCCCGUUGUGCUUUUGCAUUAGUUUUUGCUGAAGCAAGUCAGUAGACUUCUAUUUGGAAGUCGUUUUGUUCAUUGACUUUCAAGUUGAAUUGUUUUUUGUUUUGUCUUUUGUUCAUUGACAUUUUUUGUUGAAGGCUUCUGAGGACUUUGUGUUCAGGUGAAGAACAGACAUUCAUGACUUUGAGGUAAUUCACCGUCACCUAACCCUUUCAUUUUUGUUUCUGUUACUUAAAAUAUUAAUUAAUGAUUUAAAAAAAGAUAAUAAUGAAUAGGUAAGUGCGGGUAUGAAGAAGGCAAAAGGCUACAUGCAUAACACUGGAUAGCCCUCGGAUGUCCUUGAUUUGGAGUUCAUACUCUUCACUUGGUGUGUUGUGUUGAAAUGAAAUAUAAUAAACUGCAUAAAAGUGAA